CGUCUCUCCAUCCCACUCAACUCCAAUCUAUAUACUCGUGUCUCUGAGCCGUCGCCUCCCCAUAUCUCAGAAAACCCGCCUCAUCACCUUCCACCACACACACACAAACACACGCCAAGGCUUCGCUUCAUCAAACCAUGGCCACCCGUGCCCUCCUCCUCGCCGGCCUCCUCGCGGCCAGCGUCUCGGCGCAGAGCGAGUUCGCCUCCCCCAAGUUCCAGUACAAGGGCUGCAUGCGCGCCGACUCGCCCGAAACCUUCCCCUUCAAGCCCACGUCCAUGACCAAGGCCUUUGGCGCCUUCUCCGCCGCCGACUGCCAGACCGCCUGCGAGGCCGCCGGCGCGACCAUCGCCGCCCUCGGCAACGGCGGCUGCCACUGCAACGAUCCCAAGUCUACCGCCCCCAACACAAACAACAAGAUGGCCUUGCCGCCGCAAAACUACAAGGCCGUCGACGAGGCAGAGUGCCACACGCCGUGCCGCGAGGGAGAUGCCAAGGCCGGCAAGUGCGGCGGCUGCAUCGACAAGUUCGUCUACAACGUGUACUCGCGCGUCGUCACCCCCGCCGUUGACGACCCUGCCGCCCUGUCCGCGGCCAAGGCCGUCGCCGCUUCAGCUGCCGACCCCGUUGUCGUGGCCACUACGCCGCCGCAGCAGAACCGCCAGGCGCAGGAUGCCGAAAAGGACUGCAACUGCGCCGAGUCCAAGGCCGACCCGGCGACCAAGGCGGCGAUCCCGCCUCCUCCCCCGCCCGUCCCCGCCGCCACCACCAUGGCCAAGGUCGCCGUCCUAACCGUCACGGAGCCGUGCUCGGACAGCAGCACCGCCGUCAAGCCCGUCACGCCCGUCACGCACAUCGCCGUCGCCUCGUCCGCCGCCUCGUCCGCCGCCGCCGUCACCGCCGCUUCCGCAAAGACCAACAACAAGGCCAUCGACGACCCGGCCACGCGCAUCGUCGAGGUCUGCCCUCCCGGCGGCUGCGACCCCAAGCAAAAGGACCAGGUCAAGACGAUGACCACCAUGAGCCGCGUCACCGAGGUCGUGCGUCCGAGCAGCACCGCCGCCAUCGCGGACCCCUGGACGCAGUCGGCCAGCAACGCGACCAAGCCCGUCGCCCACGCCUCCAAGCCCGUCGACCCGCCCGUCAGCCACCCGUCCAAGCCCGCCGACCCGCCGGCCAUUAUGAACGCCGGGUCGGCGCUGCGGCCCCUGGGCCAGUUCGCUGAGCUGGUCUGCGCCGGCGCCUUCUUCCUGGCCGUGUGCCUGUCAUGAGAGAGUUGCUGCGUGUCGGAAGGAGAUACGCGAUGUGAAAAGGAGUAAAUCUUUUGGCAAGAGCCCCGGUGGCGUUUUCUUGUGGUCGGCGUUUAAUUCGGUCGGGUUGAUAUUCGGGAUUAUUUAUUCAUGACUGCAAGCCCCCCCCCUGCGAUGAGCACAUGAAUGGUAUGGGAAGCGAGGCGGCGUCCUCGUCGGUCUCACGGUCGAGACCCAGUUUGUUGUAAUGCCCUAGAGUCGAGGCUGGCACUUGGAUCGAUAGCGUAGCAGCACAACUUUCACACAAGAUAUGAAG